UCGUGGUGCAAAAUAUCUGUGGUGAUGAAAAUUGAAAACAGAAAUCUUGUAAAUUAAUAUUUGGUGGCUAAAUUCUAAAAAGCACUGAGUUUUAAAUACACCAGAAUAGAGACAGGUUUAUUAUUUGUUCAGUUUUGAGAAAAAACCCUAAAAGGUACGGUUAUACCCAAAAUUAACUGAGUACCAUGGAAGCCGAAGAACUUGGUGCUGACUUGGUCAGGUUGGACCACGGGUUUCUCGUUGAUGACGAAACCUAUACAGUGGUGAACUCUGAUGAUGUUUUAGAACAAGAAGAAAACAAUUCAGACUCCAACAGUGGAGGAAAGAACGCACCCCUCAGGGAACAAGAUCGGUUCUUACCCAUCGCAAAUAUUGCUAAGAUUAUGAAAAGAGCUAUACCAGAAAAUGGAAAGAUUGCAAAAGAUGCAAGAGAAUGUCUACAGGAAUGCAUAUCAGAAUUCAUAUCGUUUAUAACAAGUGAAGCAAGUGACCGUUGCCAGAUGGAGAAAAGGAAAACGAUUAAUGGUGAAGAUGUACUCUUUGCAAUGAAUGCCUUGGGGUUUGAUAAUUAUGUAGAACCUUUGAAGAUAUACCUCAAGAAGUACAGAGAAAUUAUUUUGUCCCCCCUAACAAUCAACAAACUUAACAAGACAAUAGUGUUUUAUGGUGACGGUACUCAAUGCACUUCAAGUGAAAACGAAAUAGAGGCCACAACGGAAACUGUUAUAUACGGCUAUCCCAAGGUCAUCAGUGAAUACGAAAUAUCCUAGAUCUAGACUUAUUUAUAUUGGCUGUGAGUUGUGACUAUGAAAUAUAUAAAGUUAGAUGCUAUUCGAAAAUACUUCUUUUCUGAAAUUACUUCUACUUGAGAAUUUUUGACGUCAAAUCCAGAUGAUGCGUUCACCAGGUCGAUUGGAAACACACCACAACACACCAGUAACCUCAGUACAAGGUUAGCUUUCUCGCAGUCGAGGAGUCUGUUUUCGCAUAUCAAACUUACGUCAAAGUAAAAUGGGCCUUACCUAAAUUACUACUACGCAAAUCAGAUUUUUACUUUUCAAAUUUCUGCCAUUCUAGGACUUGCAUACAAUGCAAGCUGAAGAACUGCAGACCAAUUUGAGCUUUAAAACAAUACGUAUAGGAUCUUUUUCCCCAACCCUAAAAAUAAACCUACCGACGCGACUGCUCCCGGCAGCUGUUUUUUUCCAAACUUAUUUUAAUUUCUAAUUUCAUUUGAUAGAGUACCUACUUUUUUUUUAAAGUUGCAAGUUAUAAAAUGUAGAUGAUUAACGGUACUAAAUUAAAACUGCUGGUCUUUAGGUUCCUUUGUCUCAGAAUUCAGAUAUUUAAAUAGUUCUUAAUUUAUAACAAUUCUUGGAAAUCAAUACAAGCCUGCGUUAAAAA